UGGAAUUCGACAGGGCAGACGAUGGGUAGUAUAGAGUCAAAGUCUAAGAGUGCAGAUAUUAGCACCAACAAGCCGGCAGAACAACAGGAAAAUGGACAUGUAAAAGCCAAUGGCGACGCCCCCACCAAGCAGAAUGGCGAUGCAGUUCCUUCUAAUGGCUCAGCCGAGUCCCCAGCUGAAGCUGCAGAAUCGGGCGAAGCCAUCGAAUCGGCGCCCCCCGCCAACGGGGACUCCAAACCUGAAGAUCCACCAGGAAAGCAGGCGAAGAAAAAGAAGAGGUUCUCGUUCAAGAAUCUAAAGUUCGGGAACAACCCUUUCCGCAAAACCAAAAAAGACCAAGCACCAGGAGAAGAGACCCCCGCAGAUGAGGGCGCAACAGGGUCCCCCCAGGAACCCGAGAUCAAGGAUGGAGCCGUGGAAGCAGCUCCUGAAGCAACCCCAGAGAAUGGCGAAUGUGAGACAGCAGCGCCCUCUAGUGAUACCAUAGAGGAAGUACAGCCUGAGGCUGCUGCCCUACCUCCUACUGAAGAUUCCCCCAAACCUGUAGAGAGUGAAGCCAGCACAGAAGCCCCCAGCGAACCCCAGAAACAGGAGGAAUAGGAGCGAUGCAGACUCCUCUUUUAAAGACUUUAGUGCAUCGAGCCUUCCCUCUCACACACCCCUUGCCCUGUCACCCUUGGAGGAAAAAUAUACCCUGUUUGUAAGUAUGGGGCUAUUUCCCUUUAAAUUUCCUUGGGCAAAGUGUAGCUGUAUGUACAAAUAGACUUCUCUUCAUAUUAUUAUGUGCCAGAAGAAACAAAAACCUGCUUUGGCUAUUGCAUUCACACAUUAAUAGAAGAGCCCUCUGCCAGUCAGACUGAGUCUUUUAUAAAGUGAUGUGAGUGCCCAUAUUCAUGUAUUAAUGAAGUCUGAAGAGAUGCAAUGUUCUGUGCACACAGCAAACGUGCUCUAAGGGAAGAUAAAUGAAAGUUAAACACCAUUGAAACAGGGUAUGUUUUUUCCCAGGCUUCUCUAAACACAGUGGGUGUGGGCAGACCUAUAUUGUGCCAAAAGCUGCCUUCCUCCACCCUUCCAAAAAGUUCCUUCACUGUACCACUUGUAUUCCCUAGAGCAGAAACUCUUGUGUAGGGUGGUAUCCUUUCCUGUGGGGCUGCCGUGGCGCCUUUGGUGCAUCAUAUGUGCCAUCAAAAAUUCUCAUGGGCAGGCCUAAAUUUGAGCUUUAAUCAGGGAUGGGUGUGUCCUAUACAAUAGGUUCUGCUUUUUAAUAUCUGGACUGAAUUAUGUGGAGUCCCAUCUUAUAUGUUCCCUUACACAUUUCUUCAUCUGGGUGUUUGUCUCCAGACUGGAACUCCUAGAACUAACUGUGUGAAUAAGCUGAAAUGGCAGUUUCAGUCUCGCGUGGGAUGUGAGUCGUGAGAGUGGGUUUAUUUCUGUAAAUACUUUAUUUUUUUUAAUGGUCUGUUUCUGUGGUGACUUUUCUAACUCAAAGUUGUAUGUUUUCAUUGUGAUAUUUUAAAAGAAAUAAAUUUUAACCCCCUUUAUUCCAUA